AUGAUCUCUCCCAUCACCAGACGCCUGCUGCGAGACUGGAAACGGCUGUGGCACCAAGGAAGCGACCGAUACCAUGUCCGGCCUCAGGACUCCAAUCUGCGGCUGUGGAACUUCGUUUUGAACUUCGAAGCUGCAGAACUCUACGGUGUGCUUUUUUGCGGGGGCUCUGACACAGAGCCCGUGGUGGUGAUGCGAUGCUUUACUCCCAACGGUUGCUUCCCCGCAAAUCAGAAUGUAAGUCUCACGCAUCUGGCACCAUUACUACUAAAUCAGGGUCUUACAGGCUUCCUAGAGCAGCUGUGUCGAAUGGCUGAGCACACAGCCAAUCUUGGCGACCCCCGAUUCAUGCGUACUUGGAAUAGAGUUAUGAUCAAGGAUUUCAAAGUACACUUCCCGCAACUAUAUGAACGCUUCACACCCGAGUCGCAUGAUCUAAGCUCUGUGCAGCUGUGGACGGAGUCCAGAACCAAACGCGAGCCGGUCCAACAGCCCACUUUUAGGCCUCGGGACUUGUCACCCCUCAGCAAUACCAUCGCUUGCGACAACAGCUCACAGGGAAAGGACACCAAAAGACGAAAAACAGCGGCAGCCAGCACGCUGCCCACCCACAUAGAAUCCGAGUGCGAUAGUGACUUGGAUUUGCAUAGGAAAAGGAGACCACAGUAG